AUGCCAAUAAUAUUGGAAGCCGAUCACAUAAAAUUGCAUCAAAAACAUGAAGGGCAUGAAUCAAUGCACGCCGAAAUGUUACUUAUAUUAUUUAUAACAUUGAUAGUAGUCCAAGUGCUGCUAGUAGAAUGGAAAAAAAGAUACUUCAAAUCUUAUCAGUUAGUUACACUUAUAGCGGUUUGGUUAAUACCUUUUGGAAUGUGUUUGAGAAACUAUUGGUGGAGAUUUAUAUUUUCAUGGUUGCUAUUUUCAUGCAUAACAGCAUUAAUAGUUAGAAAAGCUUUACAAAAACCCAUUCGAGGAACAACACCUAGAUUAGUUUAUAAAUGGUUCUACUUUAUAUACAGGCUUAGUUAUGUCCUUGGAAUAAUAGGUUACAUAAUUGCACUAGCAACAUUUUUUGGAUUAAAUUUAGUUUUUGAUGUCAAGCCAUCAAUUUGGAUGGACUGUGGCUUAUUAUUUUUAUUUUAUGGACUUUAUUUUGGAGUAUUAGGCCGUGAUAUAGCUGAAAUUUGUACAGAUAAAAUGGCAGCUCAUAUAGGAUAUUAUGUACCAGGCAGCAUGCCUACAAGGACAUUAGACCCUAAUGUAUGUGCUGUUUGUGGUAAUAAAAUUUUAGUUCCUGAAUUUGAGGAAGGAGUUAUCGAAAACAGUUACAAGUUGAGUUGCGAACAUAUUUUUCAUGAGUUCUGUAUUAGAGGAUGGUGUAUCAUUGGAAAAAAACAAACUUGUCCUUACUGCAAGGAGAAAGUUGAUCUCAAGAAGAUGUUUUGUAAUCCGUAUCCUUUUUUA